GCCAUCACGCGCCAUUUUGCGUUCACGAAUUCUUCGGUUCAUCGGUGGUGUUGGUCCUCGGUUCGUCGUAGAAACCGAUUCCGAGGACAAUACUGCGGGCUGUGGGUGUUCCGUUUUUCUAAUUGAUCGCUACAAUCGACCUUGGUUCUACGAGGACGGUGUUUCGACGCCUUCGCGGCGGCAUUGUUCGGAGCGAGAUCAUAUUAGAUUAGAACCAUGUCGAGCGGCAGUGGGGAUCACGAGGAGGAAGGAUACGUUGUUAAGGUGCGCGGGCUGCCGUGGUCCACCACCGUGGACGAGAUCAUGAAGUUCUUCGGCGACUGUUCAAUCUCGAAUGGCAAGAAUGGAGUUCAUAUGACUACGUCUCGUGAGGGGCGCCCCAGUGGGGAAGCCUACGUGGAAAUGGAUACUCCGGAAGAUAUCGAGAAGGCAUGCAAAAGAGAUAGGGAUCAUAUGGGCCAUCGCUAUAUUGAAGUUUUUAAAGCAAAACGCGGCGAGAUGGAAUGGGUCGUGAAGAGGAGCGGUCUUAAUUUGGAGAACGCGAUGGACGACGGUUGCGUGAGAUUGCGCGGCCUACCUUUUGGUUGUUCGAAAGAGGAAAUUGCGCAAUUCUUCUCAGGGUUGGAGAUUUUGCCGAACGGGAUUUCACUACCGACAGACUACACGGGCCGCAGUACUGGGGAGGCUUACGUUCAAUUUGUUAACAAAGAUGUUGCGGAGCGCGCUCUGCAGAAACACAAGGAAAAGAUAGGCCACAGGUGGGGCACUGAGACGCCGUACACUCGAGGUGAUCGCUUCGGUGGGAUGAAUCGCUUUAGCAACAAUGGUCGAGGAUCCAGAAAUAGAGACUUCGAUAACGGCCCAUGGGGAGGAAGCGGGAACAACUACGGAUCUCGCGGCGGCAAUAUGGGAAUGCGCGGCAGCAUGGAUAUGAAGGGCGGCAAUUACAGAGGCGGCAACAAUGACUCUUGGGGCGGUAACUCCGGCGUGUAUAGUAUCCAUAUGCGAGGACUGCCGUUCAAGGCGACGGAACAAGACAUAGCUGAUUUCUUCAGACCAAUCGAGCCGGUGAACGUCCGCAUUAUUCUUGAGAAUGGCGGUCGUCCAUCGGGAGAAGCUGACGUGGAAUUCGCGACUCACGAAGAAGCUCUAAAAGCAAUGUGCAAGGAUAAAAGCCACAUGUCGCACAGAUAUAUCGAACUGUUUAUGAACUCAACCGGCGGGUCGAGUAGCAUGUCACUAAGCGGUAUCGGCAAUUUCUGUGGAGGCUUAGGUACCAACAACUUCAGGCCAGCAUACUCGCCAAACAACAGAGGUUUCAACUCGCAGUUGGGCGGCAAUAACUACAAUAGUUUUUGAGAUCGGGCAAUGCGUUUCUAACGCUAAACGACGAUUUAUAUAUUCGUUCAAAAUCAAAGUGAUCAGUGGUGAAAAGACACUAAGUUACGCUGAUGCAAUAUGAAUAGUCCUUUUUUUUUCUUUUUGUUUUCUUUGCGUAGUCUUUAAUUAUAUAUUAAAUAUUAAUCGUAAGCCAAAUCGGUAGUGUGUAAGUACUUGUUUAUUCUUUCUUUUUAUAACUUGUAUGGGAUAUUGUAAUUUUAAACAUAGGAUAGGGAUAGGAUAACAUACACAGGGAUAAGUUACAUAGAUGAUGUAAUUUAAUUUUCACUAGUGAACUUAAAGGUGGAAAAACGAUAAUUUCCCCCUUUAUCUUCGAUAACGUAUAUCUGUUCUUUUUUUCUUUUCUUUCAAACUGAGCGCAAUGUCAACAGACAAUCGUACGUCGUCGAGAUGAGAUCCAAGGCGAGUUUCUUGGGGAAUAUAUCAGGGAAGGGUGUUACUUUUUUAUUCAGAUACUAUUGAAUUAAAUGUGAAAAAGGUACCUCUUGUUUUCCAUGACGACGUACAUAUCUUCUGAUCUAAUAUCAAAUAAUUAGAGUUAUAAUUUUAUAAGAUACAUAAGCAUGUUAUAUGUCGUAAUGGCUUUGAUGCGAGCUUAGACAUAAAGAUGAUCGUCAAUAUACGUUGAGACGUAGCGACAAGCUGUAAAGCGCGAAAUAUACGAUUGUAAUAUACACGGACUGACUAUAGUAGCUCGCGAUCGCACCUCAACAAAUUCAUCGUAUUGUCUCGUGUGUAUCGAAGGAACCUAAGUCAGAGAGCUCAUUUUUCAUCCUAACGCGAUAAUGUACGAUAUGACGUAUUGUGUAACCUUCGAGUAAGGAAUUAUAAUUUUCGUUGUGUAGGUGUUGCGAACCGCAUAAGGAGAUGCCAACUGGCAAGUGUCAAUGUUGUGUAUAUCUUAACGCAUAAGCCUUAUAGUUUCGGUUUAUAUUCUCCGAGAUGUUUGAAUAAAAAAAAAAGAAGUAAAACACAACGAGAGGAAAAUACGUAAAAUUGUACGUAAUUCCUUAGAUUAUACGAACAAUACGAACGUAAAUAAGUUAGACUUGUCAUUUAAAUUGAACGUUCAGCAGAACGUUUAAGCAGAAUUACGCUGACUAAAUAAAUCUAACUUGUUUAUAUUUGUAUUGUUACACAUUCUUGGCCUAUGUAAUAUAUUCUUACAAUUAGAAUAAAAUUCUCGUCCAAGAUCACGUAGAUUAAGGCUUA